AUGGCCGCCGUGGCGAGCCAUGAUGCUGAAGCGUCGGAAGCUCUUCCUCGACAGUUGCCGAUCACCUUCCCCAAUUGCACGGACCGGUGCGGCGAAGUGGAGAUUCCGUACCCAUUUGGACUCACUCCUGAAUGUUCUUUCAGUGAGGCGUUUCUCAUCACCUGCAACAGCUCGCUUAACCCGAGCAAGCCGUUCAUUGGCGACGUUCCGGUCGUGAGUAUUUCGAUCGAAGAUGGCGAGUUGGUCAUCGAGACUCUUGUGGCCAGUUAUUGUUUUGAUGCUAAUGGGAAUACCUUUGGCAGCCACAAAGAAGCUUUUCUCAACGUCGACCAGUUUACCAUCUCGACGAGGAACAUCUUUACAGUUGUCGGCUGCAGCACGGUCUCGAUGAUCGGUGGUGCCCUCCGGGACGGCGAAAGUUACAUUGCGGGAUGUGCAUCGUUCUGCAGUGGUUAUCGAAGUAUAGUGAAUGGGUCAUGCUCUGGCGUCGGGUGCUGUCAAAUGAUGAUCCCUGGCGGAUUGAAAGAGAUGAAUAUAACAUUGGAGGAAGGAAACGACAUAUCAAAUGGGUCGGAUAUAUAUUCAUGUGGGUACAGCUUCGUGGUGGAGGAGAGGGAGUUCAACUUCUCAUCGGCAUACAUUCCAAAGUUUCCGAACACCACGGUUCCGAUGGUUUUGGAUUGGGCGGUGGGCGACGGGCCGUGCGAGGCGGCCGUAGGUGGCGGGAGGAAUGCGUGUCAGGGAAACAGCCGCUGCGACAACCCAGGGUUUUUGGGGGGCCACCGCUGCAGCUGUUUGGAGGGGUUCACUGGGAAUCCAUAUUUGCCCAAUGUUGGUUGUCAAGACAUCAACGAAUGUGAUGAUCGUAAUGCAAACGAGUGUACGGAUUUAUGUACUAAUACGGAAGGAGGUUAUAAAUGUUCUUGCCCUGAUGGAUACUCCGGCAAUGGCAGAUACGACGGCGACGGCUGCGUUCGCCGCCGCCGCUCUCAUGUCCUCCUUUUAGCUCUUGGAAUCUGCGUGGGCGUCUUGGCGCUGCUAGUGACUUGUUCUUGGUUCUACAUCGGAUUCAAGAGAUGGAAGCUCAUCAAGCUGAAGGCCAAUUUCUUCGAACGAAACGGAGGCCUAAUGUUGGAGCAGCAGCUUUCAAUCAGAGACGAAGCCGCACAAUCUGCAAAAAUCUUCACGGCAGAGGAAUUGCAGAAAGCCACCGACAAUUACUCCGACGACCGAAUCGUCGGCAAAGGCGGCUUCGGAACAGUCUACAAAGGAAUCCUCCCAAACGGCGCCGCCGUCGCGAUCAAGAAAUCGAAGAUUGUCGACAAAACUCAGAACAAACAGUUCAUCAACGAAGUCGUCGUUCUCUCGCAGAUCAACCACAGAAACGCGGUGAGACUCUUAGGCUGCUGCUUGGAAGAAGAAGUUCCGCUUCUCGUCUACGAAUUCGUCUCCAACGGCACGCUCUUCGAACACAUCCACAGGAAAAAAUCGCCGCGGUCAAUUCCUUGGAAAAUCCGCCUGAAGAUCGCAUCGGAAACCGCCGGAGUUCUCUCUUACCUUCACUCUUCCGCCACGAUUCCGAUCAUUCACAGAGACGUGAAGUCCACAAACAUUCUCCUCGACGAAAAUUUCACCGCGAAGGUCUCCGAUUUUGGCGCCUCGAAACUCGUCCCCUUAGAUCAAGCCGAUCUGUCCACGAUCGUUCAAGGAACUCUCGGAUACCUAGAUCCAGAGUAUCUCCAAACCAGUCAAUUAACAGAGAAGAGCGAUGUGUACAGUUUCGGCGUGGUGCUCGUCGAAUUGAUGACCGGAAAAGUUCCUCUCUCCUUCAGCCGAUCCGAGGAAGAACGGAAUCUAUCGAUGUACUUCCUUCUCGCUCUGAAACAGAAUCGGCUCGGAGAAAUUUUGGACAAAACUCUUGGCGGCGGUGUCGAAUUCGAGAAAUUGAAGGAAGUUGCGAGCCUGGCAAAGAUGUGUUUGAGAGUGAAGGGAGAAGAAAGGCCGACGAUGAAGGAAGUUGCCGCAGAGCUCGAAGGUCUGUAUCAAAUGGUGUACGGUCAUCCAUGGAAUCUGGACGACAAUUCCUCGAGUGUGGAAGAAGCAGAGCUUUUCCUUAGCGAGGAAAAAGAAGCUCAAAUGGCGAAUUCGCUUCCUCGUGAGGACGAAACUGAAGGCUGUAAUGGCAGUAACCGAUAUCACAGUUUCCCCACCAACGAUAUGAUUCCCAUUGCCAAACCGCAUUCCGGGAGGUAAAAUCAAAAUGGAUUCAAAUUCCUUUUUUUUUUUGGUAGGUUCUUAAAAUUUUUAAUGUUCCAUUUUAUUUUUUCCGCUUUUUUUAGUCCACUUAGGUUAAAUUACAAGUAGCACUUUUAUUUGCAACGUUCCUUUAAAAAGUAUCUAAUAUGUUAAA